AUGUCUGGCCAAUUCAUAUAUCCUCCGCCAAACUCGCAAGAUGUCACAUUGAAUUACAAUUAUCGCGAUUCAGUCGAGGUCAGCUUCGAAACAACAUCUCACAAUAAAAUAAAUCCGUACUUGUCGUUAUGGUAUUAUCUCGACGGAAAGCCAUGGGCUAUGGGAUACAACACAUCCGUUCCAGCCAACGGCACCAUAACCGUCGACCUAAACAUCCUUGACCAAUCAUACUACGGCCAAUUCAACUUGGAUGAUGGCAGCACAGUCCUGUAUCUCAGCUGUUUCUUCAAUGUCGCUCAUAACACAUCGCAAAGCCCCACGACUUGGGGUCAGAGUGCUGCUGCAGCUUGGUCUUCGUCGUUAGCAGCAGCUGCUACGGCGACCACAUCAUCUUCAUCUUCAACUACAAUAUCGACUUCGACUUCGACAACAUCUUCGUCUAUAUCAACAACAGCUGCUACUUCUUCCACAACUACCGCAUCGUCCGCAACCACCACAUCAGCCACAACUCUCACAUCGGCCGCAACUAUUACAUCGGCCGCACCACAAAUAGCCACGCCUUUGAGCACGGCAGUUUCUUCAUCUGGUCUAAGCAGUGGUGCGAUUGCCGGUAUUGCCGUGGGUGCGGUUAUAGGUGUUGUCGCACUUCUAGGCAUGGGAAUAUUCUUUUGGUGGCGCAACAGGAAUGCGAAUAAAUCCUCUGCGCAACUUAGCGAGUUGCCGGGAAGUCAACUGAGUCCACAACAACAAUCCUUUAUCAGCAACAAUAACAAUAACCAAGCAGAAAAGGCGCAUUUUGUUCCUUAUCCAGAUCAUUAUAUCCACAGUCCGCAGACGACGCCGUAUGCUGAGUUGUCUGGGCAUCAUGGCCUGCAAGAAUUACCGUGA